UUUCCAGGAUGGUUUGCUCAGGUUUCCUGAGGGGUGCCCGUGCAAGCGCAUCCCUGGUGAGAAGGGUCAGCAGCGCCUCCAGAGACCGUCAGCACCAGGCCUUGGGCAUGUCACCUGAAGCUUCAGUGUGCACUGCCCCUGGCAAUGCAGGCAGAGUGGUGGAGCUCCUGGGCGGAACCUACCCUCAGGACAACUACACCAACCUCACCAGGAAGAUCCUCUCCAAGGUAGGCAGGAAUCUGCAUAACCAGCAGCAUCACCCACUGUGGUUGGUCAAGGAGAGGGUGAAGGAGCACUUCUACAAGCAGUAUAUGGGCCGCUUUGGGACCCCACUUUUCUCGGUCUACGACAACCUUCCUCCAGUGGUCACAACCUGGCAGAACUUUGAUAGCUUGCUCAUCGCAGCUGACCACCCUAGCAGGAAGAAGGGGGACAACUACUACCUGAACCAGACGCAUAUGCUGCGGGCGCACACAUCAGCACACCAGUGGGACCUGAUGCACUCGGGGCUGGACGCCUUCCUGGUGGUGGGUGAUGUCUACCGGCGGGACCAGAUUGACGCCCAACACUACCCAGUGUUCCAUCAGCUGGAGGCUGUCCGCCUCUUCUCAAAGCAUGAGUUAUUUGCUGGCAUUACGGAUGGAGAAAGUCUGCAGCUUUUUGAACAAAGUUCUCGCUCUACCCAUAAACAAGAAACACAUACCAUGGAGGCCGUGAAACUGGUAGAGUUUGACCUCAAACAGACACUUACCAGACUCGUGACACAUCUCUUUGGUGAUGGGCUGGAAAUAAGAUGGGUGGACUGCUACUUUCCUUUCACUCAUCCUUCCUUUGAGAUGGAGAUCUACUUCCGUGGAGAAUGGCUGGAAGUUCUGGGCUGUGGAGUGAUGGAACAACAACUGGUGAAUUCAGCUGGUGCUCCAGAGAAGAUUGGCUGGGCCUUUGGUCUAGGGUUAGAAAGGCUGGCCAUGAUCCUGUAUGACAUUCCCGACAUCCGCCUGUUCUGGAGCGAGGAUGAACGGUUCCUGAAGCAGUUCCGUGUGUCCAACAUCAACCAGAAUGUGAAGUUUCAGCCUCUUAGUAAAUACCCAGCUGUGAUAAACGACAUUUCAUUCUGGUUGCCCUCUGAGAAUUACACAGAGAAUGAUUUCUAUGACUUAGUCCGAACCAUUGGAGGAGACCUGGUGGAAAAAGUUGAUCUUAUAGACAAGUUUGAACAUCCAAAGACUCAGAAGACCAGCCACUGCUACCGCAUCACCUACCGACACAUGGAGCGAACUCUGUCGCAGCUGGAGGUACAGCGCGUCCACGAGGCUGUGCAGAAGGCCACAGUGCAGGAGUUGGGUGUUGAGGGCAGAUUCUGA